AGUACAAGUGUACAACUCCUUUAAGCAUACUCCAAACUAUAUUUAUAAUACACAUUCAGCACUUCUAUUCUCCCACCAGCCAUAGCCAUAUUAAGUAUUGAACAAAAACAAUGUCUUCUUCUUCUUCUGCUAUUCCCUUCCAAUCUUCUCCUGAUUCUAACCUUCCAAUUCGAGAAAUCCCAGGAAGCUAUAGCUAUGGCGGAUCUUCCUUCUUUGGCGCCAUAAGAGACAGAUAUGAUUACUUCUACAACGAAGGACAAGACAACUUCUUCCUCAACAAAAUGCACAAGUACAACUCCACUGUCUUCCGAACAAACAUGCCGCCGGGACCGUUCAUCUCCAAGGAUUCCAGGGUCGUCGUCCUCCUCGACGCCGUCAGCUUUCCCGUUCUUUUCGACACCUCCAAGGUCGAGAAAAAGAACGUUCUUGACGGCACUUUCAUGCCCUCCACCGCCUUCUUCGGCGGCCACCGCCCCUGCGCGUUUCUCGACACUUCCGAGCCCGGCCAUGAAACGCUGAAAGCGUUUUUCUUGUCGCUCUUGGCCAGGCUUCAUACUAGGUUUAUCCCAUUGUUUCGGAGCUCUCUAUGUAGCCUCUUCGACAACCUGGAAAACCAAGUUUCCCAGAAUGGGAAAGCGGGUUUCAAUCCGGCCAGCGACGAGGUGUCGUUUGAGUUCGUUUUCCGGUUGUUUUGCAACAAGAGUCCGUCGGAGACGGAGCUCGGAGACGGCGGAGCAAAACUGAUGGAUUCAUGGAUAGCCUUUCAGCUUUCUCCCUUGAUAUCUCUGGGGUUGAAGUUCCUCCCCAACUUUCUAGAAGAUUUGCUUCUCCACACAUUUUCUUGGCCGUUCUUCGCCGUGAAACCGGGCUAUGAAAAGCUCCGCCGGGUUUUCGGCGAGUCGGCGACGUCUGUUCUGGACGAAGCUGAGAAGAACGGGGUGAAGAGAGACGAAGCCGUCCAUAACUUGGUUUUCCUCGCCGGGUUCAACGCCUACGGCGGCAUGAAAGCCUUGUUUCCCUCCCUGAUAAAGUGGGUCGGCGCCGCCGGCGAGAAUUUACACCGCCGUCUUGCCAACGAAAUCAGAACCAUUGUCAAUGAAGACGGCGGCGGCGUAACCUUAACAGCACUGGAGAAAAUGAAGCUAACUAAGUCGGUGGUUUACGAGGUUCUCCGGAUUGAACCUCCGGUUCCGUACCAGUACGGCAAGGCCAGAGACGACAUCAUAGUCCGGAGCCAUGAAUCAUCGUUCUUGAUCAAAAAGGGAGAAAUGAUCUUUGGGUAUCAGCCUUUCGCUACAAAGGAUCCGAAAGUGUUCACAGAUCCCGAGAAAUUCAUCCCGGAUAGGUUUUUACACGACGGGGAGAAGCUAAUCCAUUACAUCUACUGGUCCAAUGACCGGGAAACCAAGAAUCCGGCGGCCGGCGACAAACAGUGCCCGGCGAAAGAACUGGUGGUGCUCAUGGCUAGGCUAAUGCUGGUGGAGCUUUUUCUCCGGUAUGAUUCCUACGAAAUACAAUGGGAAAAACUUCCACUGGGUUCAUCAGUGACAAUCACAGCAUUUACAAAACAUAAUGUUCACAAGAAUAUCGGAGAAUUCUAAUUUAUCAAUUCACUC